AUGAGUUCAACAGGUUAUGGGCCCAGGAGCAAUGCUAAACUGCAAAGACUUUUAUUUGACGGAGAUGAAACGAAAUACGAGCUUUGGGAAGCGAGAUUACUCGGUUAUUUGCAAACCAUAAAAUUGAAGAAAACAAUUCUAUCGUCGGCACCACUUGAGGAAGAAGGCGACGAAGCGAAAAAUGAAGAGAGUUACGCCGAGUUAAUACAACUUUUGGAUGAUACUAGCCUAUCGUUAGUGAUGAGAGAUGCCGCUGGCGAUGGAAGGAAAGCCUUAAAGAUUUUACGCGACCACUACGCAAGCCAAGGUAAACCUAGAAUAAUAGCACUUUAUACUGAGCUCACUUCACUCGAGAAAGGAACAAGCGAGACAGUGACAGACUAUCUAAUACGAGCAGAAAGAUCGAUUAUGGCCCUGAAAAACGCUAAAGAGACACUUAGUGACGGGCUUGUUAUUGCCAUGAUAUUAAAAGGUUUACCUGACUCAUACAAACCCUUUGUUGUCCAUAUUACACAAAGUACAAGUGAAAUUACAUUUGCUAUGUUCAAGUCUCAACUGAAAAGCUUUGAAGAAACAGAGAAGUUUAAUUGUAAGCCAAAGACUGAUCAAGUAAUGAAAACUGAGUCCCCAUCGUUUUCUGCAUCCAGUUAUGUCACAUGUUAUGCUUGUGGUCGCAAAGGUCAUAUCAUGAAGGAUUGUCCUGACAAAACUAAGAGUGAAACAAGCAAGUGGUGCUCAUACCACAAGUCAACAACGCAUAGUGAUAGUACCUGUCGAAGACAUCAACGAAAAGACCAAGAAGCUACAAAAGUAAAACAAGCGACAUUUGGUGGCCAGUUCGGUGACCCAGGGAUGAACACUCAUACACUUUUCAUGUGCAAGGGAGUCACCUUAAGCAGUCACAGUACAAAGCAAAUGACAGUACAAAGCAAAUGGGAUGCUUGUUGAUACUGGAGCUACAUCUCAUAUUGUUACAAAAGAUGUAUUGAAACGUGUUGACGGUAACUUUAACCCAGCAAAGCAUUACAUGGAACUUGCUGAUGGGACACGUAGAAAUAAUGUGGCUCUGAAAGGUGGAGAUGCUGAAUUAGUAUCAAUAGCUGAUGAAAAUGGAAAAUAUGUGAAAGCUGUUCUGAAAGACGCACUGUUCAGACCAACGUAUCCACAGGAUAUAAUAGGGACUUUAAGAUUGCACGAAAUGUGCGACGGCAACGCUGACCGGAAGUGUUAA